CCAAACCACCCCCACCCUCAAUCACUCCCAUCAAAAUGCAGUUCUCCACCAUCUUCACCACCCUCAUGGCCGCCGCCGCCGUCUCGGCCGUCGCCAUUCCCACCGGCUCGUCCGGCGAUUCUUGCACCAUCAACGACAGCACCACCGGCAAGAAGGUCUGCUGCAGCAGCCUGCUCGGCGGCAUCACCUGCCUCAUCGGCAUCUGCGACCUCACCGUCCUCGGCGGCAGCAACCAGUGCUGCGAGGUCAACCAGCUCGGCCUCAUCAACAUCGGUGGCUGCAUCGCCGCCUAAAUCCGUCAGCAGCACGGACCGGCGCGAAAUCGCGAGGGGGGAUCGGGAGGAUCGGGGGUGAUUUCGAGGGGAGGAACACGGGAGGGGCUAGGCUGGUGGAUUGGAAGGGUAUCUCGGAAGUGAACGGUAUGGGGAUCGGAGGUCUUUAUGUUGACAUUCGUUUAAUGAUCUGUUAUUGCGGGCAUGAGUGGAGGAAACGGGUCUGGGAGUAAUUGGUUGGCGGUUGGUGGAUGUACUAGUAGUUACUCGGCAGAUGAUAAAACCUUUGCUUGAAUC